UAUUCUGGUCUUCAAGGCAACUACUCUGGUACUUUUCUCACAUCUUUAUUCUCUUUCUUCUUCAACACUCACCACCAUUCCUCCUCCAUCUUGUUUCCGUACACACUCCCUUGUGACUCUGUUUUUCUGUCUUGGAUACUAGAUCUUCCAUUGUUGGUCGACAGUAAAGCUUGUGUGCGUAGCCUUUAAAUAUUUUUGGAGGUUUUGCAAGAUCUUCAUCUCCGAUGCUGAUAGUGAUUUUUUGAGUAAGAAAUUAAUCACUCCAGAUUGAAAAAUGGACCAAAACAUUCUAUUCCCAAUCAAGUACACAGAACAUCGAAAUGUCACCAAAAAGUUCAGAAAGCCCUCUUUCAAACCCAAAAAGUUUUCCGAUGACCGGAACCCAGCAGACCAGAUACCCAGAGUCGUACGGAUAUCUGUCACCGACCCGGAUGCGACGGACUCAUCCAGCGAUGAAGAAGAAGAUUUCUUCGGUCGUCAGCGAGUGAAGCGGUAUGUGAACGAGAUUAACAUCGAAGCCAGCUGUAAAGCCAGUAGUACUGUAGUCGCCAGUGGAAAGAAGAGAUCUGCAGCAGAGACACUAUCUCAUCAACCACUGAAAGUUCAGACGACACUGACAACGAAUGGCAGAAAGUUCAGAGGGGUACGACAACGGCCUUGGGGCAAAUGGGCGGCUGAGAUUCGGGAUCCGGCGAGACGUGUACGGCUGUGGUUGGGGACUUACGACACCGCGGAGGAGGCGGCCAUGGUGUAUGAUAAUGCUGCUAUUAAACUUCGAGGACCGGACGCCCUAACAAACUUUGUGACCCCUCCGGCAAGAGACGAAGAGAAGCCCAGUUCAAUUGAUUCCGGUUACGAAUCGGCCGAUGAGUCCCAAACUCACAAUCUUUGUUCCCCGACUUCAGUUCUCAACUUCAGGACUGAUUCUACUACUGAAGAGGAAGAGCUCCGAAAGCCGCAAAAGCCAGCAGAGCUACCGGUUCAAACUAAACCGGUGGAGGAGCUUAAACCGGUCAAGCAAGAGCCGAUGGAGUUUCAAGGGGAGAGCAGUAUAUGCGAUGAAAUCGGAAACUACUUUCCGAUUGAUGAGGAGUUGCCAUUCCUUGACGACUUCUUCAACUUUCCGACUUCGGAACCGUUGUUCUUUGACGACCCAUCUCCGGCAACGAUGCUUCAAGAAAGCAUAUCUGGUGAAGAUUUGGGUGAUGUUUUCCUCGACACACCCAUUGAUUUAGGGUCAUCGUCCUCAUUGUACCAAGAUGACUGUUUCCAAGACAUUGGGGAUUUGUUCUUCCCAGAACCGCUUGUGGCUCUUUGAUUCAAUGAAAGAGUGAAAUAGUACUGUGUUCAUGGUAGCAGUGAUGGUCCCCGCCUUUUUGGCUGCCGGAAGAUUGGCAGAUUUUGUACCGGCGGCGACUUAAGUUUUGGCUGUUUUGUUUUUUUGUUAUUUAAGUUUUUUGAUUAUUAAUAUUAAUAUUUAUGUAGUUAAAUAUAUCCGUUAGAAUAUAACGGAGUAGUGACUGAAGUUUUGUUAGUAACAUGUUGUACUUUAUUCUCAAUAAUUAGACUUCUUGCGGGUCAAAGUUAUGAAAA